CAUUUCAGAAACCAAGUCCUUUGUAUGCAAUUCUGACCAAUGAGAUUAUCCUGUAAUGCUAAUUUAUUACAUUUAUGCUUUCCAGGUCAACCAGUGGAAGUGGAGAAGCCACAAAGCGCACCUACUGAACAUGGCAGUGACCAGUAUGUACUCCAGCAUAUGCUGCGUCUCCUCAACACUAUACGCUUUAUGCUACAGCAACAAGCAGAGAGUAUCAACAAACUUUGUGAAAUGCUACCAUCCGCAGCAGUGACAACAUGCACACCACUAGUCAAUCAACCGUUCAAUUGCCUGCAAGAGCUGCUUGAUUUUGAUGCAAAGCUGACACGUGAAACCACCAGUACUUUGGUUCGUGAAUUUAUGCAGCUUGGCGGGAAAGACGCAAACUGGGCGACGAAAAGAAUUCUUGGAUACUGUUUGACUGACGAGCUUGCUGCACAAUUUUCUUGGCUUGGUCGGAAGGGGAAGCAUAGCUUUUCAGCCCUAAAUAUUGCCAAAGCAGUAGCAGAUGCUGCACGCAAAGCUCCAAAAGGCACUGCAGCAGAUGUUGAAGAGGCUAUUAAGUCAUGGUUACGCCACGCACCGGAGCGCCUCCUUGCGAAGGCGCCUAAGACGCCUGAGCACUGGGAACCACAGCAGACAUCAGAUUCCAACUGAGUGAAGGGGUUUGCCCAACUCUAGCUCCAUCUUCCUCUCCGAGAAAGCCUCUACAGGUUGCCGCUUUAGUUUGGUGCCGCCAACUUCUAGACACCUCUGUACAACUGACUGGCAGAAGUUUGACGUUCUGUUGUGUUUUGUAUUUAUUAAUAACUGCUGAUGAGCUCUAGGUCCCAUACCUUUAUUUUUCUAAGAACUGAUGUGCACUCCUACUGCUGGGAUGUGGUAUGUUUUUUCAGCCACUUGUCCAGCACUUUUUUCAUCUGAGGGGCAUUUGGCCCAUUUAUAGCUUACUGGAAGUAAUGGUGUCUUAGUGUUUUUACUGGCAGUUUCACUAUCUGCUUUUUACCUAAUUGUUAGUGACUUGAGCAAAAUUCUGUGGUUGGUUAGAUAUACUAAAGCUAUUGCCGAAGGCAACAAAGGGACAGGGCUGGAGCGAGAAAACAAAACACCGAGCGCUCAAUGUGGUGUUUUGUUUUCUCACUCCAGUCCUGUCCCUUCGUUUUGCACAAUAGUUUUAGUAUGAGAUAUAUACCCUUGCCAUGCUAAGCACAUAAGUAUGAAACAGUCACAUUGGUGUUGUUGACAAAGCUUGAAAUUCAUCAGAAGCCUCCCACUUACUCAAAUUGUAAAGCCAUAGUUAAUUCUUGUUCGGUUUCACUGCUAUGGCACUUUUGAUGUAUCUUUUUUUUCUGCAGUUCGGUAAUUUAGGCAUAUCUGUAUUUUCAACAGUUCUGGUAGAGGCUGACCAUGGUAUGUUUGCUUCUUUUACUUUUAAGUUGUGUGUCAGUGUCGGAAUGUUUUCAGCUUUUAGAAUUCAUGUUUUCCUUUUGUGUGUGCAGAUCAAGGAGCCAGCACACUUCUAGUUCUGUAAUCAUGUAUGUGCAAAAGUACAAAGCAUUCAGGUUUCUUAUUAAGUUUCUUUUUUCGUAUGUUAGGUACCUCUGCAUUUUCAGCAAUUCAGUAGAAGUUGACCACAAUAUGUUUCUUUAAUUUUUAACUUAUGUCUCAGUGUCAAAAUAUUUGAGGCCAUGUGCUUUUUUUGUCAUCAACUGUGCCUUUUAGGUUUAUGCAGCUUUUAUGCUUCCUGUUUGUCAUUUGUGCUUGCAGAGCAAGUGACUGGUAUGAGCAAAACUACAGUCAGCAUUCAGGUUGCUUGUUAAGCUAUUUUAAGGAGGGUAAUUUGUCAUUUCUUUUUCUGUCUAAUCUUUGUUACAAUAAACGAAUGUAUCAUAGCUUACAUUGCCAAAAUUUGGCCGAAAUUCACGGCUUGUGCAAUCUGUCAACUGAAGUACCGUCUGUGCCCUUACUAGUAUUGUAUUAUUUUGUGUAUUGUUCCCUAUUGUAGUGUUUAUUUCCAGUUCUUGUGAAAGCAUUCAAUUUGUUUUUCAUCUGCAACCAGCCCAAUUGUGCGGGUUCCUCUCAAAGUGUAUUGAAACUACUGCAUUUUUACAAAAAACAAACACGUGAAAUGAUGCUACACAGGUACAAAUUAACUGCCCCCGGAUGCUUCCAAGAAUACUCAAAAUACUGAUGUCAUCAAUAUAAGUCAAAUCAACGGUUGCUGCUUGCCAUAUAGUUGCACAUUGUACUUUUUAGAUGUUUAAAUUAAGCUUUUCAUAUAAGUUCAGCGACUGAUGCUUCAUUAAAAAUUUCCUGAACAUGACAGAGAAGCAAGAAUCAGUAUAUUACUCAUUAGCCAACUUUGUAACCUCAGGAGCUAACUUUUCAAUGUUUUUGCUCCAGCUUAGUAAACUAGUUUGGUUUCUGGACAUAGUAUAGCAUUCUGUAUUCCCUGCUUCAGGCUUGCCUUAAAAAAAUCUGAAUGCAAAGCCAACCAUAAGGAGUUAUUCGAUGUUUUCGUGUUGUUCGGUCAUAAUGUACACUUAAUCUUUGCUAAGUUAUCAAGUGACAACACAAGUGCUUGUGGUGGUAAUGCAUCUCGAUUCUAUUCUUGUACAGCAUUUCAUGACUUAUCAAAAGUCCGAGUAACAGGUUGCGCAGCUAGUUCGCACUUAGUGACCUUGUUGGAAUAUGUUAAAUACCCUAGUGCUCACAUGUACGUUGUCAUCUAGUCAAAACAUUUAAGUUAGUGCUGAUACAUAUUUGUGAUAUGACAAUAAUCUCAUCUUUUUGUUUGUAUAAUGUUCAGCUGUAUCUGCAGUAUACAAGUGCUACAGCUAGUGGUAGACAAAUAUACUACGUGCACAUGUUCUUUGAGAUGUAGUCUUGUCAGGUAUGGUUGACACUUAAACGGACUGAUUUUUGUAAUAUUUUGGAUGUAGUGUGGCUAGUCUUUGCCGGUUUUGCUUUAGUGCUGUGAAGAUGUCAUGGCUGUACAGUACCAUUUUGAUGGAAGUUCCUAUUCUUUAAUAUAAGAAACAUGUGUGUAGCUUUCUGUGAUAGCAAAGCAAGCUACUGCUCUGAUUGUCAUUGUGCAUAUGAUAUUGUUCUUAACUGAAAUCAUUUUACAGAUAUUGUGUUAAUAAAGUUUGUAUUCAUGUUACAAAACGUCUACCAAUUCAAUGUAGGUUCCCAGAUUUAAAAUUAAAAAGCUGGGACAUCAGUGUACUGUGAUAACUAAGUUAACUGAAGUAAUUAUUGAGGUUGAUGGUGAUCGUCAUUGUGUAUGUAAUUUCGUGUCAAGAAAGUGUUUGUUCAUAUUAGAAAAGUGCAUUGCAAUGAAAAAAAUAUAUAUAUAGAUCACUGCCUCAUAUACUGUGACACUUUUUUUUGCCUGUAAUAUCUUAGUUGCAACAUAUGUAAAUUGUAAGAGAAGCCAGCCAAAUGAAUGCUGCAACAGUAUUAAUCCAGGCAGGUACAAAAGGGUGCAAUAUGGUGUGGUGCAAACUAUACAGAGGGUGUUUCAUUUUAGCUGCACCAAGUUUUUAAAAAUUGCCUGUG